AUGAAUACCACGCGGAUGGAGAUGACCUUACAGUUAGGGUUCAUAAGAAUUGGAAGAUCCCACGUAAAUCGUACUGAGUUUUCCAUGAGAGAAACCCAGGUGUCAAGCAGCAAACGUUCAACCUCACCACAUUCUUCCUCGACUGCGGAAAUCCACUACAAUCAGGGAAGUUCAGGUCAAGAAUUCGCAUUCGUGAACUCAUCUUCCUCCCCAGGAAUUAAAACAGAUAUCAUUAUGAAUGGUUCCGCUUUACAUUCAACGAUGCAGCGAUGUUUCAUGCCAUAUUAUAUGCGGGCGCGGUUUACCUCUCUUCUCCAGGGUGGAAAGGACUCGGAAGAUUCUGUAUAUCGUCUUGGGAAGACUUUAGAAAAGGUCAAGGACAGACUUCAGAGUGGGCAUUCAGCAGACGAUAGUACUAUUGCUGCUUUUUCCUGUAUAGCUUUGGGAGAAGUAUGUUUAGAUCUUAGUAUCAAACCUUGGUCACCCAAAUCUAUGGCAUAUUCAUAUGCGUGGUAUACAACAAAUGGUGAACUUACGAGGCACGAUGUCAUCUUUUCCGAUUAUUAUACAGGCAAAGCUUCGUCGCGCAACCAUAUUCACUCAAUGCGGGAUUCAUCCAAAGCUCAUAGAAAAAGGCAACAUCUAACCAUCUUCUACCAAUCCAUUCAAAUCGCCUCCUUAUCCAACAUACUUCUCGACCCAAAGGAAUUUUCCAAUGAUAUUUACUGGAUUGAGUACGAAUUGCUGUCUUUUCCCUCAUCCAUAGAAGGAAGUCAUGAGUCGGGUCUUGAUAAAGCAACUCGUAUCGGAGCUCUAGUAUUCGAAUUUCCACAUUCCACUACUAGUCCUUCGAUCCUAUUACAACAAUUACAAGCAGCUCCAUCCACAAUUGACACCGCGAUAACCACCGACCAAAUCCUUCAAUGGCUGACUUGGUUAUUUACCAUUGGCGCUGUUCACAGCAAACGGGAGUCCAUCACACGCACUUGGUUUAUGGAGCAAUUGGCGGGGUUGCAUAUGGAGCGCUUGGAGAGCUUACUAGUUGAAACUUGA